CUGUUUAAGGUUGUUUAUAAUAAAAUUAUUUAAAUAAAAAAAAAAUUUGUGGAAGUGUGUGGUGUGUGUGUGAGCAUCGACAUUGUGGUGUUGUUGAACGAGAAACUAGGACCGGUCGAUACUAAAAGGCCUGCGUGGGGCGAAGAGGAGGUCAGUUAGUCGCACGAGUUCCAAUCAUACGGAUCUGAAAUAAAAUACAUAAAUAAUAUUCAAAACAUUGAUGAUAAAAAAAAAUAAAACAUUAACGUAAAAUUAAAAAAGACAAAAGAAAAAAAAGUUAAUUAACAGUGUGAUAAUUAUUUUUCUACAAAAAAAUAAUAUACACACAAACAAACAACAUUUAUUCUUAUCAAAUAAUAACCAGUGUUAAUAAAAUAUAAAAAUAACAAUAAUAAUCAUUAUAAAACAUUGUGUGUCUGAAAAUAAAUCGAAACACCACAUCACAAAUUCAGCUGGUAAAUUUACAAAAAUAGAUAUUUUUUUUUUUGGAGCAUUUAAUAAAUAAAUUGUGUAAAUUUAAUUUAUAAAUUAUAACAAGUAUUUUAUAAUAGAAUAAAACAACGCCUAGAAAAAAAAAAUACAGCAAAAUUCUCAGAGGGUGUUAAGAGAAACUCCAACUUGACAGAGACAGUGUUUAUUUGUGAAAGAGUGACAGAGAUAAAUAGACAUAAAAUACGUCGUAUUCUUGAAAAAAAAAAAAAAAAAUGAAUAGAGUGAAAAAAUAAAAUGUUAAAAUUAUAAAAAAAAUAAUAAAAAGGUUAUUUUCAAUUUUGGUAAAAAUUAAAAUAUAUAUUAAAAUACAAAAAUAAGAUAAAAUAACGACAGACAAAAAUAUCAACAACAGAUGGUAAUUAAAAUAACAUGUAAAUUAUUAAUUAAAUAAUUUACAUAAUAAAUAAAAAGAAAAAAAAAAAUUAAUUUUCAAUGUUGUAAAUUAUCAAUGCUUGAUUAAUUUAAUUUUUUUUUGAUAAUUUAAUUAUAUAUAGAAAAAAAAAAAAAUUAAUAAACAAACAUUUCGAUUGUUUAAAAAAUAAAUUUUUAAGUAGUUAUUCAAUCACACAAACUGGCUCCAGAGGUGAGGAUUAAACAAAUUGGAAUGAGGGAAGACCUCUUGUCCAUUAUACGACACACAAGUAGUGAUCAUUUUUCUGAAGAACUUUAGCCGUAUUUUAUUCAGGAAGAUUAAUAACAAAAUAAUAAUUAAUUAAUGAUUUAAAAAACAAAGAAAAUAACACAAAAAAAUAUAAUUGAAAUAAUUAUUAUUUAAUCUUUCUUACUCUUGUCUAACCACCUCUGUGAUAAAAACAACAACAACAACAAUAAUAACAAAAAGAAAAAAUAAUGCAAUAUUAAAAAACGUUUAUAAAAUAUUAUUUGAAUAUUCGGGUGCUGCUGAAAUUAUAAUUUUCUGAUAAAGACAUAAUUUGAUUAAAAAAUAAAAGAAAAAGUUUAUAAAUUUAUAUAAAAAAAAAACAAAAAAAAAAGGAGCAAUUUUGAUAUUGUUAUGCCUUGGGCUGCUGCAUGCUUGGAUCUUCUUGCUAGUCCAUUAUUAAAUUAUUGUAUUGCUGUUAGAAAAUUAGCAAUACAAUCAGCUGCACUUCAAGAUAAAAAUUCAUCAUCAACUUCAUCAACAAUUGAUGAUAAAAUGGCACCUUGUGCUGAAGAAAAACAUGAAACUAGCCAAGAUUCAUCAGCUAGAAAACCUGCAGGAAUCACAAAAUCACCAAGAAAAUUUGCUGGUGUUGUUAUUGCAACUUCUGGUCUUCCAGCUCGUGGAAAAUCACAAGUUGCACAAUGUCUUGCUAGACGUCUCAACUGGGAUGGUGAAUCAGCAAAAGUAAUGCGAGUUAGUGAUUAUCGUCGUAAAAAAUUGGAGCUAUAUGGUACACAUGAAUUAUUUCGUCCAGAUCAUGCUGCAAAUUCUGAUUUAAGAUUAUUGGCAACACGUGAUGCAAUGCAUGAUUGUGCUGGAUGGUUAGCAUCUGGUAAUACUGUUGCUAUACUUGAUGGUUGCCUUGUACGUAAAGAUCAACGUGCUGAGGUUUAUGAUUAUUUUUCAAAUCAACUUGGUUAUCGUGUUCUAUUUAUUGAAUGUAUUUGUGAUGAUAAUGAUACAUUACAACGUAAUUAUGAAGAAGUUAUUAGAUACAGUGUUGAUUAUGCUGGUAUGGAUCCAAUAGCAGCAUCAGAUGAUUUACGUAAUAAAGUACAACAUUAUAUACGUGCAUAUGAACAAAUGGAUGAAAAAAAUUAUCCAAGAAUAACAAUUGAUACAUUUACUAUGGAAAUAAAAGCAUAUAAAGUAUCUGGACAUGUUGAAUCAAGUGUACUUGGUUAUCUUGGUAGUGUUACAACAAAACCACAUACAAUAUAUUUUUCACGUCAUGGAGAAAGUGAAUUUAAUGUACUUGGUAAAAUUGGUGGUGAUGCUGGUUUAAGUCCACGUGGUGAACGUUAUGCACAAGCACUUGCAUCAAGAAUAAAUUCAAUGCAUAUUAAUGAUUUACGUGUUAUAACAAGUCGUUUAAGAAGAACAAUUGCAACAGCAAGAGGUGUUGAAGCACCACAAGAACAUAUUGCUGCAUUAAAUGAAUUACAUGCUGGUGUUUGUGAAGGUUUAUCAUAUGAAGAAAUGCAAGAAAAUUAUCCACAAGAAUUUGCAUGGAGAGAUCAAGAUAAAUUACGUUAUAGAUAUCCUUGGGGUGAAAGUUAUGUUGAUAUAAUGCAACGUGUUGAACCAGUUAUAUCAGAACUUCAACAAUCAAAUAAUGUACUUGUUAUAUCUCAUCAAGCUGUUUUACGUUGUCUUAUUGGUUUUUUUCUUGAUAAAAAACCAGAAGAAUUUCCAUAUAUGGAAGUACCAUUACACACAAUAAUACGUAUUAGCAGCAAGGGUUUUGAUUAUUCACUUGAAUUUAUUAAGCUACCAAUUGAAUGUGUUAAUACAACAAGAACAAAACCACAAAAUUGUGCUGCUAAUCGUACUGCUGAUGAUGCAUUAUUAACUGUACCAGCACAUUAUGAUAUACCAGAUCCAUGGAGAAAUCCUGGAAGUGGUCCAACACUUGUUGAACAACACUGAGGGAUAUUUCAAAAGAAGAAGUCAAUGAUGACUACCAACUCGUCAUCUUCGUCAUCAAUUGAAUGAUAAUUAUCAUCAUAUUUAUAAACAAACUUAAUUUAAAUUUUUUAAUAAUUUCAAAUGAAAUGAUAUCAAUAAUUGAAAAAUUUAUAUAGUUGAAUAAUUCAAUGUAAUGUUAUGUAUUGGCUUCUUCUUUUUUUAAUACUAUUUUAUAUUAUUUUUAUUUUUUUUUUAAUUUACAAAGUUAUUCAUUUAAAUUUAUACUUAAAAAUUCUUGUUUUUCAAAUAUUUUUUUUUUCUUUUUAAUAACCACUAGCAGCACCUGGAGGUCGUGUGGAAUUUCAUAAAAUUAUAAUUAUUACUAUUAAAUAUAUUCUGGUACUUAUAUUUUUAGUUUUAAUUAAUUUUUAAAUUGUGCCUGAAAAAUAUAAUGAAAAUAAUUAAUCUGAAUUUAAAUUUUUCAAUCGGCUGGAUCGAAUAAAUUGCAAAUAUAAAUUUUUAAUUUGCAAAAACAGUAAAAUACAUAUUGAAAUACAGAAAAAAAAUUAAAUUUUUCAAUGAAUUUCAGUUGUCUGAGUUUAAUCUACUAUUGACACACAAAUUUUUAAUCACAAUUGUAUUAUUCAGUGCACAAUUUAAUUAUAAAAUAAAAAUAUAUAUUUUUAAGGUGGAUUUUUUAAGUCCAUAUUAAACCGCAUAACAAUGCAUAAUAGAAUGUUUAAAAAAAAUGUAGCUAAGUUUAAUAAUUUUUACGUUAUAUGGCAGAAAAAAAAAAAACUAUAAAUGCGAAAAAUAAAAAGAUAAAUGUUUACUUUCAUAAUAAAAAUUAGUGACUACAUAUAUUUAAAAAAUAAUUAAAAAUUGUUUAUAAAAAAUCUUGUACCUGUAGGCCCACAUUUAUUGUUAGCCAUAUAAAAAAAAUAUUAAAACUUUAGCUACAAAAUUAACAUGUACUCGUUAAGCUAAAUUAGUUGAGAUUUUAUCCAGCUAAAAAUGUAGUGA